GGCACGCUCACAGCGGCUCCGCAGAUAAAAGUGCGUGAGCCGCGGGUCGGCUGCUGCUGUAACUCUGCCUUCUGUAACCAAAGAGACCGGAUCGAACCUGACAACGGGGGAUCGGAACCAGUGCUGGUUCGGCCAGCCGCACAAUUUGAAAGCCUCUGCGAUUCAGGUCAAGAGAGCCGUGGGCGCAAUUCAAGGGGAGUGGAGCUGGUCAGUCAUGGGGGAUUCAGUCUUCAACUGCUGUUAUGUCCCCUCUCAGCCCCCAGGUGAAGAGGAGCAGCACAGGUUCAGGCAUACAGACAUCAUGGCCUCCCAUUCUGCUUCCAUCUCCCCGGACAAACGCUUCAUAAUCUUCUUUGACUUCGAUGAAACCAUCGUGGAUGAAACCAGCGACGACAUGGUGGUGCAGGCCGCCCCGGGUCAGUACCUGCCCGGCUGGCUGAAGGACACCUAUCAGCCCGGCCGCUACAACGAGUACAUGCAGCGAGUACUGGCCUACCUGGCGGAGCAGGGCGUCACCGAGAGCGACUUACGCAGCAUCAUGGAGAAGAUUCCCGCAUCCCCCGGCAUGCUCACCCUCUUCCAGUUCCUGCGCAACCGCUCGGCGCAUGACUUUGAGGUGGUGCUGGUGUCUGACGCCAACACCUUCUUCAUCGAGUCUUGGCUUCGACGCGCCGGGGUGCGCCAGCUCUUCCACCGGAUCUUCACCAACCCGGCCACUUUCAACAAGAACGGUAGGCUGGUGUUGCGGCCCUUUCACUCCCACGAGUGCCAGCGGUGCCCGGACAACAUGUGCAAGCAGGUGGUCGUCAGGGACUACGUGGCGCGCAGGACGCAGGAGCGCGGCCGCCCUUACCAGCGGAUCUUCUAUGUAGGGGAUGGGGCCAACGACUUCUGUCCUGCGCUCUCGCUCGGGCCUCGAGACGUGGCUUUCCCACGCAGGGACUUCCCCAUGCAUCGGCUCAUCACAGAAAUCCACGAAGCCAUGCCCGGGGAGUUCAAGGCGGUCACAGUGCCUUGGGUCAGCGGGGAAGAUGUGAUUACGCGAUUGAGGAAACUAGUGGCGGAAUAGAGAAUUAGAUGGGAGAGCAGAAAAUUAAUUAGUAGGCUACAAUAAAUAGACUAUUUAACGUCACGCUCUCAGGUGAAACUCCUAAAAAAAUAUAAUUCUAAUAGCAAUAAGAAACAUUUUUGAGUAAAGUUAAGGGUAUCCAAAGCCUAUAACAAGAACAGGCUGUGAACUCCUCAGCUAAACUUAAAUUAGAGUGUGUUUGAAAUCAGAAUCUAAUGUAUACCAUCUCUACAAGUAAAGAAAACGUCAGAGCUUGGAAAAGUAUUUGCAUAAAAUGCAACAAUAUACGAUAUUACCGCUCAUGUAUUAAUUAUAUGGGGUAAUUUAGGAGUUGUCUGUGUUUACAUGUGGGACGAUUAAAAGAUUUAAAAUGUCAUUCAUUUAUUUCCCCCCAAUAUUAUAGUUGUGCUUUUUUUUUGAAACUGCACAAUUGGAAUAUGACUUGGUUUUGUAAAUUAUAGCGUCAACCUGACAACACUGCCACCUAAUGGUGAUGGGCAUUAAUACAGACCAAACUGUCUUUUUAUUCAGUUUUUUUAUUAUUCUUUUUUAAUCACCAUAUAUUUUAAGAGUUUGUCUAAUUUAUAGAUGCAUUGUAUUGUAAAUGAAAUGUUAUUUUUAUCUCUGUAAUAUGUCUGUUAUCUUGUUUUGUCUGUACCGUGGAUAGGCCCAGCCUAUAAAAUACCAGCAGCAGGAAUAAAGCCAUAACCUGAAACAGUG